AUGGAGAUUAAGAUUGAUGAAGAAGCUGGGAUCAAUGGUUCUCAUGGCAUGAUCAGAGAAGAGAAAGUUCCACUCCUAGAGGAGAGUCAAACACUAGUCCAAACUCGAGACUUUCCAGCAAUAGAAAGGAACACUUGGAUACAAAAGGCAAUAGGUCAGACAUUUCAAACCACAGCUCAUCUAGCUAACCUUUUACCUACAGGGACAGUUCUUGCAUACCAGAUCCUAUCGCCAAUUCUCACAAACGCUGGACGAUGCAGUUUGGCUAGCAGAUUCAUGACCGCAUCGCUAGUUUUCAUAUGCGGAUUCUCCUGUUUCAUACUUAGUUUCACAGAUUCUUACAAGGACUUAAACGGAAACGUUUGCUAUGGAUUUGCUACAAUCCAUGGCUUCUGGAUAAUCGAUGGCUCAGCUACUCUUCCUCAAGAACGUGCCAAGAUCUAUAGAUUACGGUUUAUAGACUUUGCGCACGCUAUUAUGUCGCUUUUGGUGUUUGGAGCCGUGGUUAUGUUUGAUCAGAAUGCGGUUAAGUGUUUCUUCCCCAAACCAUCAGAUCAAGAAGUAGAGAUUCUCACAGCUUUGCCUGUAGCCAUAGGAGUCAUUUGCAGUAUGCUGUUUGCUACGUUUCCUACUACACGCCAUGGUAUUGGUUUCCCCCUCUCUGCUAAAUGA